UAUUAGACAAUAAGUGUUUUAGACCAAAACUUACUCAACUGAAAAUGAAAAUUGUGCAAAAGAAAAAACACUUUACGACGCGAGAUAAAGCCACAGAAAAUAGGCUUAAGAUAGCCAAAUCUGGCAAGCCAAUAAGAAAUAAAGAUGGAAAAAUUGUUAAACAAGCUCCUUUUCAAUCAAUUCUUGCAUCUGGGACUCAAGUUCGUAUUCAACCUAAUAGAAAAUGGUUUGGAAAUACAAGAACCAUAACUCAAGAUACUUUACAGAAAUUCAAAGAUAAUAUUCACACAGCACUAAAUGAUCCAUAUCAAGUUAUAAUUACUCCAUCUAAACUACCAACUACCCUUUUGCAUGAAAAGAAAAAAUUUGCCCAACCCCAUAUAUUGCAAGUUACUAAAUUUCAAGAUGUGUUUGGAAAACGUUCAAAUAGAAAAAGACCAAAUAUCAAUAGCAUGGAUUAUGAAGAACUUGUUUCACGAGUUAAUGAAAAUACAGAAAAGUUUGAAAGUAAAUCACAGGAUAUUUUAACUUCCACUACUGUUCUCAACAACAAAUAUCCUCUAAAUGUAGAUCCACAUCCUGUGAAUUAUUUAGUUUCUGAUACUGUAUUUAGCAAAGGGCAAUCAAAACGAAUUUGGAAUGAACUAUACAAAGUAAUAGAUUCGGCCGACGUUUUGAUACAGGUCUUAGAUGCAAGGGAUCCCCAGGGAACUCGAUCCAAGCACAUUGAAUCAUUUUUGAAGCACAAGAAAGCACACAAACAUCUGAUUUUUAUCUUGAAUAAAUGUGAUCUCAUCCCUAAUUGGGUGUGCAAAAAAUGGGUUGCUUACUUGUCUAAACAGUAUCCUACGUUGGCCUACAAGGCUUCUAUCAAUGAAUGUUUUGGUAAGGGGUCUCUCAUCAACUUGCUUCGACAAUUCGCUAAAUUACACCCAGAAAGAAAGCAAAUAAGUGUGGGAUUUAUCGGUUAUCCAAAUGUGGGUAAGAGCUCCAUCAUAAAUUCGCUAAAAUCGAAAAAGGUAUGUGAGGUUGCUUCCACUCCAGGACAUACAAAAGUUUGGCAGUAUAUAACGCUCAUGAAUCGUAUAUACCUGAUAGACUGUCCUGGCGUUGUUUAUCCUGAAGGAAAUUCGGAAUCAGACCUGAUCUUAAAAGGCGUAGUGAGGGUAGAAAAUGUAAAGGAUCCAGAAAAUCAUAUUCAAACGCUGAUCGAUAAAAUGUCACAUCAAUCUUACUUACUCAAUGCCUACGAUUUACAAAAGCAUCAUUUCUCAUCUACGCAAAUUAGUCUUGAUAAUACGGAAGAAAAAAAUUUAGGUAAAGACCCCUUAAUUACUACAGACAAAAAGGUUAUUAAGGAACCAUUAACGGAAAGUGUGAAACCCUUAAAAGUUAACGAUUCAUCUAAAGACAUAGAUAAAGAAACCAACGAAAAGAAUUCAAAAAAUAGUACAAUUUUGAAGGAACAAGUUUUAGAUACAGAAGUAGGUGAAGGAAACUCGAUCAAACUAUCACCUAAAAAUGAAAUAAAAAAUUUAGACAGCCAAGAAUUUUUAUCAGCUUUAGCCAUCAGAUUAGGGAAACUGUUGAAAGGAGGUGACCCUGAUAUAUCGACAGCCGCUAAACUCGUUUUAUAUGAUUGGCAAAGAGGGAAAAUUCCCUUUUUCUCUUUACCUCCAUUUACGAAUGAAAAAACCAAUAACAUCGGCAAUAUAUCCCUCAGCAAAACAGAAGGGAAAACAGAUAAAAAAGGCUAAUGGAUAAAUGCGAUGUAUGUGCUAACAUUUGUCGGUUCAAUUUAGAAAUUUCUAUCUCGAAAUUAUAUGUAUGCUUGAGUAUAUUAAAUAAAAAUAAAAAG